ACGUACUUAAGUACCUAAGGUCUGCUAAGGUAGGCUACGGCAGGCACAGUUUGCGCCCGGUUUGCGCCCCCGGGAAAAAAAACCACUUAAGCACCGGACCCACUAAAGCGCGUUCCGUCGCGAACCCUUUGACUGUCGAGACUGUUUUACCGCGUUUACAGGGGUUCUGGCCCACUAUCGCGCCUCCUCCCCAGUUUUGUCAGAUGCGCUACCCGGCAUCCCAAUUGCCUUUAGUCAGAUAGUAUCACUGGCAUUGGAGGGUUUGGUGUCUAUGUCAAGCUACAAUACCUAUCUAUUCUCUUGGCCAAAUCUCUUCAUCGCCAACUCUCAGCCAGCUUCGCCUAUUCUUCUGGUCGUCAUUUCACUGUAGGCCGGCGUACCAAGACAUCUCAAUCUGGUCUUCGUCCCUGUGUUUCUGCUUUUAUCCCUAGUUCGUUUUAUUUUCGCUUUCAUUCCUAGAGGUCAAACCCCAUGUUGGUCAACUAGCGGUUGCAUCGUUGCCCGGCUUUGCCUUUGCCGACACAGCGGCGACCAACUCAUGACAUCUGAGCUGUCUCACCAGACUCAGCGUGGUGGGCAGGCAAGUCGUGCGGCGGUUGACUUGCAGCCAUGGUAUCGCCAGUAGCGCCGCCAUCAGCAGGCCUCGAUGCAUUACUGGCAAGACCGCCAACACCACCCCGAGAACGUCAAAGCGACCUUGAUUCAAAAUCAAACCUGAACCAGCGCCUCCUUUCCUCGCGCCCUACUCUACAAACCCCUCCAAGCCAUUCGCCGGGCUCCGCGCUUUCGACCAACGCCAGCUCGAGACGAUCUAGGAAACGGGUCGAGUUCACAGUUCAUACCGAAUAUUGCGAUCCCCCCACAAAGACGGGGAAGGAGAAUGAGCAUAAACGAUCCACGCCUAUAUCUGCCUCGUCGUCCAUGCGUCCCUCGAGACCGCUAAAAUCGAUUCUCAAGCCCACAUCUAGUCCGAACCCUCCCAACCCCCUCGACCCGUCCGCCGGUUACGGUGAGGCAGGAAGCACUAUUACCUUAGCCGCCAUGCUAGAGUCCAGUAUCAAGCACCUGGCCAGCAAUGACCGUGACAACAAAGUUGACGCCUAUACCAUGUUGGCGCGUGCCCUCAAGACCUCGACUAACCUUCCAGAUCGUAUCGCCUUGCAGAGUAAGAUGAGUUUGUUUGUCCAAUUUAUCCAGCGCGAUAUCACCACCAAAGCGGAAAAUGGAGCGAUUGAUACAUCACUCAUCAACCAUGCGCUUACCUUGCUGAGCACUUUCCUACACUUCCCGUCUAUGGCAACUGCGGUAUCCUCCGAUUUCGGUGUCUUUAUCAUAGACCAUUGCAUCAGAUCAUUCGAGGACACCACAGUCCCAAAGGACGUCGUUAGACAUUUGAUGCAAGUAGUUGUAUGCCAGGAUUUCCCCCCAAAGGUCAUGACAGCCGAUCGCGUUGGCCGCCUUGUUACUUCGCUCCAUAACAUCGAAAAUCAUAUCAAAGGGAAGAGCAUUAUUAUGUCUCGUAUUCUUAUAUAUCGAAGAUUACUCAAGCAGUCCACCAUCCAUAUGGUGUCUCAUUCCGAGUGGCUCCUGGACCUGUUCACAGAUAUGCUAAGUAGCAUGAAAGAGAUUCGCUCCGCCGCGAUAGCCCUCGGAUUAGACGCCAGCUUUACGGCUGCGAAGGAAAAGCAAUUGCCAAAGAAAGUCAUGGAGGUUUUGCAAAUGUCUGUUGAUGAAACUCGAUACAUUGAGUACUAUAUUCAACGGCUCUCCACCAUGUCGAAGGAGAGGUCGGAAAUGGCUGCUGUGCCUCAAAUCUGGAGCGUAAUUGUCUUGUUAUUAAGGUGCCCGAUUGACCGCUGGGAAUUUUUUGACCAAUGGCUGAAGAUCAUACAGCGUUGUUUCAACAGCAGUGAUUACCAGACCAGGUUGGAGGCACAUUUUGCAUGGAACCGCCUUGUCUAUGUGCUACAUCUGCAUGAACCGUCCUUUUCCAAGACGAUCAAUACACUGUGUCAGCCCUUCACCCAGUUGAAAAGAGGCAGACAAUCUGAUGAGUUUCGGAAGGUCGUUAUUGGGGGGCUCUGUAAUCUUUACUACUAUGCUUUCAAGCCUAAUUCCAGCUCUAUGCAUGUCGGCCAGUACUGGGAUGCCUGUGUUCAGACAUUGCUCCGCACUUUGGCAUUUCCUGAGGUUGACGGAAAACCAGCAGAAAAGCAACAAGCAUUUUCCACUUAUAAUCUGUCACAAGCUGCCAAUAUCCUGGCCGGCCUCUUCGACUCUUCCAGCGUGCGGAUCUGGAAAGAAGAUCGUAUCGCAGAGAGUACAGUAGCGAAAGCUACCGAGUUACCUCCAUUAGAUCCCAAAUGGAUCAGACGAAACACCACUCGAGUUUUUACAAUUGUGCAACCUCUCCUUAGCAAAUCGUUUCUGGAGCUUGCCAAUUUCGACUCCAGUUCGUCAAGAUUGUGGAAGUCUCUCGUUAGCGCUGUUGCUGCUGCCGCUUCUAAGGAAGUCAAGGUAUCGGUAGAUACAGUAGCGUUUUUAGGUAGUGCAUUGAGCCUGUUGAUGCGAAUCUGGACCACCGGUCUUGGGGAAGCAAGGACGCCUGCGGAUAUGCAGCAGCCAUUCUUGAAAGCGACAGAGUCUUAUCUCACUACCUUGGUUCUCUCACUCGGCCACCUACCCUUCACGGAGAAGCCCCUCUCAAUGAGUGAGCAAAACACUCUAGUCCCAAUAGCGACGCCUUCACAUCGUUCUCGGAAAGGACAUGGACCUACUCGAUCACCACUUCAUCACCUCUUCUCAAUACUUUCGUCACUACCACCCGGUAUUUCUGAUGGGGAAGAUCUCAUCAAUUUGUUCAAAACUAUUUUCGAGCCGUUUAUGCUCACGCGAUCGCCUCGAGGAAGGUCAGAUUUGGCUCAUGAAUUAAUGCAAAUCCCACCACUGGGUGAUCCUGUCACUCACGGCCCUUGGGCCUUCAUCGCAGAGGCUCUAUCAACACCAAGUGGCAACAGCCAGUCUAGCAACUCCUCCGAUUCUACUAGCCAGCCUCCAAUUGGAAAUGAAUUUAGAGACAUAGUGAGGCAUCUUGAAAAGGGAAUCAACUAUGCACCGAAUCUACCAUGGGCCCAAUGGCUAUCGCUAUUUCACUUCGCAGUCGAGCAAGCCACAGAACUCAGCGGUGAAGCUGGUUGCUCCGUUGCAGUCAUCGAGCCACUGGCUAAAGCUACCUUGCAAGCUUUGCCUACGGAGACAAGCUUGAUCACCCCUGAUGUAUAUAAGUGUGGUGUUCAGCUAAUAUGCAAUGCAAAACUACCUCGGGAUCGACAGGCACUUGAUGCGGCUAGGCGACGCUUGUGGGGUACAACCGUAGCUGGCCCUAGGUCGGCUUCAUUUGAUCCAUUCGAUAGCCUUUACCGACUUGUCUCCCGCCUCCUCGAGGCAGGCUACACCACUGUGGAUAAGCUCGACGCAAAUGACCUUGCGACCCUGAUUACCGAGACGUCUCAUUACUUGUUAAGAGCUAAUAGGACUCUUGUCUUCAAGUCUCUCGUUCAAUUACAGCAUGGAUUAGGACCAUGGAUUCAGGAUGUCGAUGAGCGAUAUAGCAGCAAGCAGCGCUCGAUAAUAGCCGAGGCUGUCAAAUCAUCAUGGGAACGAAUUUGCAGUCUCUUCUCAGAUGCUAUGCUAGAGCAUUUUCAGCUCGAUGCCAUUGAGCCACUACUUUGCUGUGCAUUCAGGUCGAAGCAUAGACAUAUCGUCAAUAAUGCCGUGCUUUUAUGGAAUCGGAGUUUUGACAGCGCUUCAGAAGUGGACUACCCUGCAACAUUGAAGAAUGUGUUACUUUCCCUGCGAUCAUAUGUUGAGAUCACGCUUCCUGGAUUGGACAAUUCGACCUGCGAAACCAACGACUACACACCAAUGUUUUUGGAUUCGCAGGAUGACUUUGAUGUCAUGACCACAAGCAAGAUCAUGAAAGUGAACCCUAUUUUGAACGAUUCUGUAUCGCCUAGAAAUCUGGAAACUCCUCGAUCGAAGCAGAUCUCGCUAUCUAAUCAUAAUAAGUCGGAUGAUCUACUUAAUGGGUCCUCUAAAUCUGCCAGAUCUACCAGAUCCAUCAGAUCAACCAGAUCAAGCACGCGAAACAGGAUAACAAAACCACGCCACGAGGAUUCACAGAUCCAAUUCGCUCAUAUUGAAGAAUCUUCCCCUUCAACGCGACCAGUAGAGUCCCAAGUCCUAACUGACCGGCAGAAGGAAAUUCGUGAACGCCAGCUUGAGAAUGCAGCAUUAUUCCCAAUCAUCCAAUCGAGCAUUGAGAAAGUUGAAAAUCUCCCAACUUUCACUUCUACUGAGGUUUCUCCGCAACGCUCUGACCUGGCGCAGCCGCCUAUAGUUGAUCACUCUGCAACUCCUAGAGCCACUCGUAGCAACGAAUAUCUAUCUUCAACUCCAACACCUCGGCGUGGUCAACACAUAAUGAUCGAGGAAGAUCAUGAAAUGACGGAUGAUAUUCCUUCAUCACCACCAGAGCCUCGGCGGAAUCUAUUGCCUGAAAUGAAAUUGCAUUCACGAGAUACUCGUAUGCUAGACGACAUGCCAAUAUCGUCGUCGCCAGUUUCUGGUUCACCGGUUUCUAAAAAGGUCUUCUUGUAUCAAAAUGAGCAGGCAGAGCUACAAGAGUAUGUUCUAAGUUUAAGUGCAGAAUCUAUCUCAAGUCAGCAUAUGGAUUCUAGUAUGCAAGACUCUGCGAUAAACGAACCUGAGCUAUAUCCUGCGGACCGCGAAUGUACGACGAUUAAAGAUAGGCCUGUGUGCUUACCAAUGAUCCAACCUUCAGAGAUUCCCGUCAUUCCCAACGCGGCAAAAGUUCAAGGAGCACCAAGGUCAGAUGCAGAGAUGUUUGUUGAUGCACCAAUAAGCCUCCCAGCCACAGAAUUGCCGACUCGUGAAAACGCCACGGCACAGGUAGACCUUCCCGAGGAUGAUGAAAAUGUGUAUAAAGACCGCUCAUUCGAAAUGAGUGAUGGUGAAGAGCGCAGUAUGGCCCGCCUCGUUAUCGAACUUGACUCUAGAAAGUGUGAGCCUCUCCCUACCUAUGAGGCGGCUUCUCCUGAAAAGAUUCACACAAUCAAAGACAUGGUGGAGUGCAUUACUGUUCACACAAAAUCCGACCAGGGUCAACCGCAACAGAGCCAAAAUCCAAGUAAUCCAUCAAUACCUCCCAUAACAGUUACCCUUGCCAAAUCCGAUAACUCUCAAUCGUCAGAGAAGCGAUUUAGGAAGCGGAAACGGACUUCUGAUAGGAAACAACACAACAGCGGCAAGAAACGCAAGCAUUUACAAGCGAACGGAGACGAUACCGAUCUAAUAAUGGAUAGUCAAGCGCCACUGGUUGACCAUCAACAGCCAACAGAAUCUCUGCCAACGGAGGCGGGUGAGAAUAUCGAGAGGGAGGAAAUUGGCUCAACCGCGUAUUCGCAAGGUUCGCCUGAUUUGUCUUACAACCCUGACGAUUCGGAAUAUAUAGCGCCGUUGGAUUUAGAUGACGACGGAACGGAUUCAGAUACCGCGGCUGUGAAUCUCCAAUUGAUUACAGAAGCGUCGCAACAAUCUGAGGCGGAUGGCCAUUCACAAUUUAUUGAGGCCAGUUCCCCAGAGUCUACUAGUUCAAGUGAUGUUGAUGCUGCGGCCCAUCGUGGCAGAGAAAUGGAGGACAACAGAUUGGAAGCCAAACCAUCAAACAGAGAAAACGAUACAUUGGCUCAAGUCGAGCUAUCAGUCGUGGAGAAGAUUGCAGCUUCACUAAGAGACGGGCUUGAUGGACUGCGAUCAGCGACGAUAUCUCGCGAAGAUGUAUACAAGAUUGAAUCUAUGUUCAUGGACAUAAAGAACGAGUUGUAUGCGGCCGAGGCAAGGAGUCGGCGGUAAGGUGAACUGAGCAUUAGUAUAUAUAGGAAGAUCAUGACUAUGGAAUGCGCAAAGGAUGGGUAAAUUCAAUGGGUCUUUAUGUUACUGUAUCAUACAGCCUAGUGAGGACAGCAAGCAUUGGCAAGGAGUUCGAAGGGUAAAGCAAUGGAAACUUGCAUUUUUGCUAGGGUUUACAUCCGGCCGUGUCCCCGCCUUUAUUAAUCGAAGUUUCUGAAAACUGAUAUGAAUACCGUUACUAGAAGACUUUAGCGAAUUUCAUUUCAAAC